GACGUAGCAUUGACGUCCACACUUUGCGCCGCGCUGUUUAGUCGUAAGGUGUGAACGCUUUGCAAACCCUUGCUCUUGUUCACUUUAGAAAAAUAUGUCCCUCAACGACGACGAGUCCUCGGAGGUCGGAAUGAGCGGCCAAACCAAGCUGGAGAGUUUCCUGUUCAGCUGCGAGCUCUCCUCCAAAGUGCCUUUCUACACUUUCCAGGCAGACGAAGAAGAGGAGGACGAGGAGGAGCUGGAGCUGGAGCAUUUCCUGGAGCUCAGAACAGUUUGUCUAGGAGAAGGUGCCAAGGAGGAGAGCAAUGUAGUGGAGGUCACAGCCAUGAACCACCAAGGAAAGACCAUUUCAGUGCCCAUCGCCAACCUUCACAUCAGCUGUCUACCCAUGGUCAGUCUGGGAGAAUUUGAGCUGAAAGCCCCAGUGACCAUCCGACUAAGGUCCGGGUCAGGACCAGUCACUGUCAGUGGACUGCACCUCAUUGCCUCACAGGCGGCAGACUGUGAUCUGUCUGAGGAUGAUGACGAAGACGAUGAUGAUGAGGAAGAGGAGGAGGAGAUCACCCCUAUUAAACCAGCCAAGAAGAAGCAAAAGUAGUGGGCAGAGAGGUGACUGAUGGGUUUUUGGAAAGGUCUUUCUUACUCCACUGAUUUGUCUUAAGAAAAACCAGAGUUUUGUACCAGACGGACACAUUUUGCAGAGUCGAUACUUCUUCUCACUUCCACGUGAAUCUCACUGAUGCGGCAGCUCGGAUGUUCUUGCCUCUCCUUCAAAGUCAGAGCGGUGCGUUUGAACUGCUUUAACUAAAGACAUUCACUUACAGAAGAACUGUUUUUGCUAUUGAUUGUGAUACAGUGGAUUUAUGUCACCAGUGGUGGAAAAUACACUGUAUGUCUUCUACCUCCAGUGGACCCUGGUGGUAUUUGAAGAUACUGUUCUUGUAUAAGUUUGAACAUGUUUUGUA